AUGGGGUGCAUAUGUUCAAAAGGAGCUAAUGUUAACAAACAUGUUGGCGAAUAUGAAGCAACGAAAGAAUUGGAGAGAAGCAAAUCUCCAACUCAGCUAACUCUACCGGUGGAGGUCUUAGUGAAAGGCAACAACGGCUCCGCUGUGCACUCCCGGUCGUCGGUAAAAUCGAGCUUGCAAUCGGGUUAUGUUAAGGCUCAACAUGUCGAACAAAACCCCAAGGAAAAGAUCAUCGAGCGGCCCUCUAGCGGACAUCAGAGGUCCGGUUCUGCGCGAGGAAGAGGGAAGCAAGCGCCUGUCCCAAGUAUCACGAGACUUCCCCGUGGUGAGGCUGUAGCCGCAGGAUGGCCACCCUGGUUGACUUCGGUUGCUGGGGAGGCCGUCGAAGGAUGGUCUCCACGGAGUGUGGACUCAUACGAGAAGUUAAAGAAAAUAGGACAAGGGACGUAUAGUACUGUCUACAAGGCUCGCGAUCUCAAGAGCGACACCAUCGUAGCAAUGAAGAAGGUGAAAUUCCAUCAGAUGGAUCCGGAGAGUGUUCGUUUCAUGGCGAGGGAAAUUAGCAUCCUUCGACGGCUAGACCACCCGAACGUGAUGAGGCUCAAAGCCAUCGUGAUAUCGAGCAUAUCAGGGAGUUUGUACCUCGUGUUCGAUUACAUGAAGCAUGACCUAGCUAAACUUUUAGAGUCUUCCAAGUUCAAACUCACCGAACCACAGAUCAAAUUCUAUAUGCAGCAAAUUUUACGCGGUCUUGAGCAUUGCCACAGCCGGGGAAUUCUUCAUCGCGAUAUCAAGGGUGCAAACAUCCUCGUUGACAGUAACGGAGCCCUCAAGAUCGGUGACUUUGGGUUGGCCACAAUCCUCAACCCUCGCAAGAAGUGCCAGUUAACGAGCUGCGUUGUGACUCUGUGGUACCGAGCCCCGGAGCUUUUGCUCGGAACAAUGAAUUACGGAGCAGCCGUUGAUUUAUGGAGUGUUGGCUGCAUUCUUGCUGAGCUCUUCACAGGGAGGCCUAUCAUGCCUGGAAGAACAGAGGUGGAACAAACGCACAAGAUAUUUAAGCUGUGUGGUUCACCAACAGAAGCCUUCUGGAAAAAGACUGAGUUACCACUUGCGAGCUGCUUCAGAUCGCAGCGUGUCUACAAACGUAACAUUUCACAGACGUUCAAGGACUUACCCUCGUCUGCACUGGCUCUUCUCGAAGUCCUCCUCUCCAUGGAUCCACAGGAACGGGGCACUGCUUCUUCCGCGCUCAGGAGUGGGUUCUUCACUUCGAUGCGUCUGCCCUGUGAGCCAUCUAAAAUGGCGAGGUACCCUUCAAGUAAGGAGGUCAAGGCCUGGACUAGGGAUGGGGAAGUAAAGAGGCGAAGAGGCAAGAGCGUUAAAGGAGGUCAAGGCAAGAUUUCAAACACACAGAAAGCUAUUCCAGAGGGACAGGGGAAACCAAACAAGAGCACGAAUUAUCAGUAUAAUCUAGACAGUGCCUUCCCUAUUGUGCCUCCCAGAGUUAGUAAUGGAUGUACUCACCAGUCGAACUCUUUCAUCCACCCGAACGCAGCAGGGUACUCUUGGAACAAGAAUAUGAAUGAUGGUCUCAAUCAUCCAGUCCACGGCCUGAGCGACCAGCAUCCUACAGAGCUCAUGAGACAGGGGACAGAACUACGUCAACCUGUAGAAGGCUCCUCAGACUUCCAUCCAAAGAAUGGCUGGAGGAGAUCUAAUAACGAUUCAACAGGAUACAUGCCGUUGAGAAAAAGGAUAAUUUACUCAGGGUCGUUGAUGCCUUUGGGAGGGAACAUGGAGGAAAUGCUUAAAGAGCACGAGAGGAAAAUCCAAGUGGCAGUGCGCAAGGCACAGGUCAAGAAAGUCAGGUCAGACCAAGAAGAUCGAGACAAUCUGAUGAUAAACGAACCGCAACGAUCAAGAAUAUGUCUACUAGACAAUGCAGCAAAAUGAAAAAAAAAACAUAUAUGAAAUGUGUAUGGAAGUAAUUUCCUUAAGAGGAUUAAUGUAGAAGCAUAAUUUGUUGCGGGC